AUGAGACCAGGCAAAGAGCAAAGAGAUCUUCGUUGGGGUGAUUUGGAGUUGAAACGAGAUUCAGAAGGAACUCGCUUUGUCGAGCUCUGUCGAGAAAGACAAACCAAAACACGCACUGGCGAAAACCUACGAAACCUUAGAGCAAAAAAGCCUCAAAUGUACGAAAACAAGAGUAAUCCAGAUCGUUGUCCCGUCAACAGUUACUUGGCCUAUCGUGCUCAUAGACCAGCUGAAAUGAUGGCAGACGAGUCUCCGUUCUACUUGACUGUAAACAUUGAAGUUCCGAAAUAUGAACAACAAUGGUACAAAUGUUCUCCGCUUGGUGUAAAUUCACUGCGAAAUAUGUUGAAGAGAAUGGUCAACGAUUCCGGCUUGGAAACUGACAAGAAGCUGGUAAAUCACAGUACAAGAAAGCACUUGGCUCAAAAGCUUGUUGAUAACGACAUCCCACCAACUGAAAUCAUGCAAAUAACUGGACAUAAAAACGUUGCCUCGAUUAAUAAUUACUCGACUUUGUCAGACAAGAAACAACAGCAAAUCUCUGGCGUAUUAUCAGGUGCGACGGCCAUCCAAACUGCUAGUAACUCAGUUAAAAGUCAUUCUGUUUCGAUCGACGAGACCAUCAGCACAUCAACUUGUUAUUUACCGGGUUCGAGACUGGGUUUGCCUGCUAAUAUGCCAACAGGAAGCCUUUUUCAAAAUUGCCAAAUUGGAACUGUCAAUGUUUAUCCAAGUGGCGUACCGGCCGAACAACAACUUCCACAGCUUUGUAGUCAAAAACAAAAACGAAGAAGAAUCGUAACAUUAGAUUCUUCAGAAUCAAGCCAGAGCCAAUAA